GCUGCGUACGCGCACACUAACGUGCUCUUAAACGAUCGUUAUGCCGGUAACCGAAUUUCGUACCUCAUCGGUAAUUACGAUUUGCUAGCUGAAUAGCUUGGAUUGUGAUCUCACGAGUUUAAGACUGAUGUUGUGAUAUUACAUUUAAAUAUGGACGUGUGUGGUUUAUACGGAUGACGGUAGCCAGUGGACACGACGGCGGUGGUCGGUGGGCACAAUGAGCGAGCUGAAUUGGCACAAAUGGGUAGUGUUGUCGCUGCUCGGAUUGGCUUUGUCCGCUCGGCCAAUUGGCUGCGAUUACAGUUCCAUCACCGAGAAAUUCGGAGCGGAAGCCGUGGCUCGAUGCAAUGAAAAAUGUCCAUUCCAGAAUCGUACCGGAGAUGGUCACUUCGAUGUUAGCUGUGGUUCUAAUUGUAGUGUACAACAGUGCAGCGUGGGAUGCGGACUUUGGCGAGAAGGAUUGGAAAAGUCAUGUCAGACUGUUUGCAACGUCACAUCGGAAACAUCCUUUUCACGGGAAUUAUAUUGUGUAAUGGGCUGCAAUGAAGCCCUUAAUACCUACUUUCAAAAACUGAGAGAAUUAAUUGGUACACCGCCUGCACCCGCUCUGGUGGCUGACAGUCUCACCGCUACGUCACUCUCAUUACUAUGGGAGGCGCCAACACCUGGAAAUUUAAGCUAUCUAGUACAAUGGCGAUACGAGGAGUUACCGGGCACUUGGCAAUAUUAUUCUAACACUAGUCAUUCAGAUCGAUCCAUAAUACAUGUAAAUAAUUUACGUCCUUACACAAAGUACAGGUUCCGAGUUGCAAUAUUCUUGUCUGGUAGAGGUGGAACCGGUGAACCCUUUUAUUCUGCUCCAUCCGUGGUGAUCUUGACACUAGAAAGUGGCAAGCCAAGUUCACCACCAUCGUCAUUAAGAGCAGCGGCUCCUGAUUCAAGCAGAGUUGCUAUAUCAUGGGAGCCGGGACCGUUUCCAAAUGGACCUUUAAUAUCUUAUGUUCUUCGCCUAACUGAUACGCAACCUAAUACUAAUGAUGCUUUAGAGGACAUGCCAGCUUCAAACAACACAUUGUUUUACAUGUUCCAAAAUUUAGCGGCAAAUCGAGAAUAUGAAGUAUCGGUGACGAUGCGAAACGUAGCAGGCGAAGGCCCUAGAGCAUUUGCUCGAGUGUCAACUCCUCCUUUACCCAAAUCCGUUCCUAGUCAGCAGCCAAUACUAAUUUUGGGUGGAGAGCAAAAUAUUUUAGCAGCUCCUGCAAACGACAUGUUUUCGGAUCCUAUAGAAUUAUACAGUACAGAAUACAUCAUUACUGGUGUUGGCCUAGAUAUGUCCAGUGAUUCUCUUUUCACAUCUGUAUCUAACGGCUACGUUUAUCGGAGUUCACUUUCAAAAAAAAGUACUGCCGACCCUAUUUUCACACCAGAAAAUAUUUCGUGCACUCCUCUAGACUUAUCUGUGGAUUGGUUAAAUAGACAUUUGUAUAUUCUGGGAGAAGUCCACUAUGAUGCUGACGGUUUAAAUCCGCACAACACAACUCAUAAGAUUUGGGAAAUUAUUCGAUGCGACUUUGAUGGAAAGAACCAAAUUAUCGCUUACUCUGGAUUCAAUUCUCGUCCAAUUCAUUUUGAAGUUGACGCUUAUAAUGGGUACUUAUUCUGGGCUCUAAGGGGUGGAGACCGUGGUGGGCUCUAUAGAUUAGAUUUGGCCAAUAUCUCUAACGGUGUACGUCAUGAAUCACCUCCAGAGUUAAUAGUGAGGGAUGCGCAUUUAGGAGCAUUUACAGUGGACCACGCUGAUUUUAGGCUUUUAGUGGCACAUCUUAAACGAAAUACAGUGUUAGCUGUAUCACUUGAUGGCCGUGAAGUAACAGACUUCCGAAGUAACACCCAAACUCCAAUGUUCUUAGCAACACAAUCUAUUGCAUAUGCAAGCGGCCUCUUUUACUGGACCAAUGGUAGAGAAAUGCUCACUGAGGAAUAUCAUGCACAAAGCGACAGUUAUUUUCAUAACGAAUUUCCUUUGGCCUUAAACACGAAAACAAUAGCGACUAGGGAGGUCCUCGUGGCCCUUAGAAGUUGUCAGCCAAUUCCGGUACCUGUUAAUCCACCGAUUGGAGUGCAAAGUGUGAUGGGUAUUAGUCGUGCAAAGGUAUCAUGGUCGCCACCACAUCUUCUUGGUCAUCAAGGAAGUGGCGCUUGGCAGCAAUGGACCUUUCAUCUACAGUUGAUUCAUGCUACAACUCGUGAUGUAAUUGAUAUUAAAAAUUUGAACGAUUAUAUGUAUGUAGUUGAAAAUCUGGAACAAGACACAGAAUAUAAUAUCAGAGUGGCUGCUGUUACAAAAUCGGGUUCGGGACCUUGGUCAUCAGAAUUUGUUGGUAAGACAUUGGCUUCUUCACCUACAACCUUGCAUAGUACGUUACUUUGGUCUGGACCAGAUGGCCUUUUGCAAACUGAUUUAACCGGGGACAAUUUGCAAACUUUAAUUCACAGAGCCCAUUUAAAAAACUUCUAUAUAACUGAUAUUUCUUGGUAUCGUGACAAAUUGUACCUAGUCACAAACAUUUCAACUGUCAUGUGGUAUAAUACAACAUCCCACGAGAAAGGUUUAAUGUCCAAUAUGGACAAUGUCGGAAGUUUAGCUGUUGAUUGGGUGGGUAAGAAAAUCUACUGGUCGAAUCCGAAGCAGCAACUGAUCACUCGUGGUAACUUCGACGGAGGCAAUCGGGAACCGGUGCCAAUAGUCACUGUUGCAAAAGAGCUUACUAUCGACUCAUUAGGAGCAUACAUCUAUUGGAAUACAGGGCAUGCCGUCGAAGCCGCAAGACUUAAUGGCGAGAAUAAAAUGGUUUACUAUCCAGCUCAAUUAUUUAGUGGCAAACAAGUGAUGGGGCUAACAGCAGAUUUCGAAAAGAAAUGGUUAUAUUGGUUGGUGAGGAGUUACGAUGGCUCUGAAUUACAUCGAGCCGCAACAGCUGACCAGAUUUCACAAGGUGCAAGUGAGGUUUCCGGAUCCUUAGUGACACGUCUAGCAGGUACCGCUACCCUCGGUCCGCUGUGCUACUUCAGCGGCCGGCUGGUAUGGGUGCAGGAUGCUUCGCGGGCGGUUGUAUCUGACUUGUCUGGAAGAUACACUGCUGAAUUAGUGCCUCGAGUUCAUGUCAUUGCUGUUAGAGAUCCUAUAUUACAUGCAAACAGCGAGUCAUUGAAUGCCAUUCCGGAGACGAUUAACUCAUCGUCAAUAGCGGUGGUGGGCAAAUGGGAUCGAUUCAACAUAACCUGGGCACCAGCAUCUCGCGUCAAUGUUAACAAUAGCAGAGUAUUCUACGACGUUAGCCUACACUUUUCUGAUCAACACAAAAUUGAGAGGACAGUGGAGGCUCCGUGGCUAGAGGUAGCGUGGGUGGGCGGCGGCGGCGUGGCGCCGUACAGCGCGGCGGACGUGAGUGUGCGCGCGCAUACUGCAUGGGGCGGCGGAGCGGCGGCGCGCGCGCGCCUACACUCUCCACCCGCACCGCCAGCCGCGCCGAGAGCUCCGCGCCUCUACGUGCAGCCGGCACCCCGCAGCGAGGGGUCCUUAUCUGCGAUAUUCCGAUGGGAAGCGCCCACGCGGACCAACGGCGUGAUCCGCGGCUACGAGGCGCAGUGCUGGGCGCUGCCGUCGGACCGCGCUACCGCCGCCGCCGCCAAGCCGUCAGCCUGCGCGGACGCCCGUCUCUCGCCUGCGCACACGCAGCUCGUGCUACGCGACCUUGUGCCCUCCUCGACCUAUUACUUCCAGGUUCGAGGUUACACCGAUGCAGGUUAUGGUCAAUAUUCUGAAGUAGUAUCAGCAUCCUCUGAUGAAGUAAACCCAAUUCCAAAAGUCAUCAUAUCUUCACAAGAGUCUAUAAGAAUUGUUGAUUUGGACUCCAGCGAGAGUGAAACAAUUCCGAAAAGCAUGGGAAUACCCAUCGACUUCGCUGUAUCUAUUGAAGAAAAUAUAGUUUACUGGGUUAACAAUCUGGAGGAAAUAUUCUCGUCGAGGAUCAACGGCAGUGGGCACUAUAAGUUGACGUCAAUCAAUGGGACUGCAACCAGCAUAGCUGUGGAUUGGGUGUCACGGUCCGUAUACUGGUCCCAACUAGAAAUUGUAUCUACUGAGUCAUACGUAGUAUAUCGAGCUGACCUCGGCAUUCCUAACACUCGUCCUUAUAUAUCCCGUGUUUUCGCUAGAAGACAACCUAUAUACAGCUUACAAGUUGUACCACUGCUCGGAUCAUUGUAUUGGUACGAGGAAAGUACACACCCCGGCUUCGGUACUGUAAUGACUUCGAAAAUAAACGGUACUAAAAUAAGGACGUUCUUCAAUAAUACCCAAAUUAGUAAAGGGCGUGAAGAUUGUAAUUGUCCAGAAAAUCCUCAAGUGGCAAAAACAUUUGUGGUUGACAUGACAACGAAUCGCUAUCAAUUAUUUUGGAUAGAUCCUUGGGUAUAUCGGAUUGUAGCAGCAGAUAUCAACGGUUGUAAAUGUAGGUUGGCGGUUGACGCUACUGAAAAGAAAAAAUACGGGUUCACACCAAUGUCGGCGACGAUAGACAGUAAAUUUAUCUAUUGGUACAAUUCUACUGAAAAGGAAAUAUUCUAUACAAUUAAAAAUAAGAAGAGUAAAGUGGAAUACGUGAAAACUUCACACGGUUAUAAAAUAAUGGCGAUGGAUCCGGCAAAUCAACCAUACCCUCCAACACAAUGUUUAUUUCCAAUAUCGCAUUAUCUUCAGCCAAAAGUAUUGUCUAAUUCUGCAAAUAGUAUGACUCUACAAUUACCAACCGUGGGUAAACCUCAGGAAUGCUCUUAUUUGGAAUAUGAGACCCCAGCGACCGAAUACACAAUAUUCUAUCGCAUAGAAUCAACAAACGAUACUACAGCUUGCGAUAGGGAAUCAUGCCCAUACAUAACGACCACUAGAACAGAGGUGAUUAUCAGUGAUUUGAAACCAUUCACAAACUACACGGUUAUGUUAGAAGCUUCAAACUACUACGCUAAAUUACAUGAAGUCAAACCAAUUACUGGGUUGUCUAUAGUUCUACAGACUGCCGCAGAAGCACCACCGCCACCGCGAAAUGUGACAGCGGUAGUUUUGAGUCCAGAACUCGCACGUGUCGAGUGGAUUCCCGACCCUGGAUUACGAUACGAGCUACACUGGCGCACAGACGAUACCUCGCUACUGCCGCACAGAUUAAAAGAACACAACACAUGGGAGGUGGCGGCGGGCGGUGCAGCGAACAUGACGCGGCUGGCGGCGGGCACGGGGUACAGCGCGUGGGUGCGAGCGCGCUCGCCGCACGGCGCGGCGGCUACGGAUUCGGCGCCACUGCGGCUGCGCACAUAUCCCGCGCCGCCGCCUCCUGCGCGCGCUCGACUCGAGCCACAACUCGUGCGGCUCCUCUGGCCCGAGCCCACAGCUUACCACCUGCACCGGUACGCGAUGGAGUACAGCGAAGCGACCGUUCCACCGGGCACUUGGAAAGACUGCACGAAAACCGGCCCCAGCGAGUGGACUGCGAGUGGAUUGAAACCGCGCACCCGUUAUCGCUUCCGCCUCCGCUUGCAAUAUGUGCUGGGCGCACCGCCCUACUACUGGCCAACCGAUGACAGCUUCACAUAUGAAACUCUUGGCGACGUGCCGGGAGCGCCGGGCGCUGUACGCGCGGAGUCGCUGGGCGAGAGCGCCGUGCGCGCGUGGUGGGCCGAGCCGGACCCGCGCGGCGCCGCCGUACGCCACUACCGCGUCUGGGGACGCCCCCUACACAGAGUAAAUUACAUGAAUGAUACGAAAAAUAUCAGCGACAUACCCUCUAAUUUACCACCGGAUGUUCCGGACGACAUUAAAAUGCAGAUUAUACAAGAAGGUUUAGAGCUACUUCAUAAUGGCUCAGACUCGUAUUGGCUGAUCGGUGCGGGCGAGGUGUUAUCGGAGGAAGGGUAUGUGGUGCGAGUGCAGGCGCGCAACAGCUACGGGUGGGGCCCGCUGUCUGUAGCGGCCGAACUGCACGCGGCCCCACUAUCAUUAGCACCACGUCCUCACGGCGCCGCACUCGCACUCGCCGUGGCUGCGCUAGCAGCAUUACUGGUGGCAUUUGCCGUCGCUCUAUUGUACACAUAUAACAAUCGUACAAAGAAAAAGGCUGCAAUUGUGAAUCAGAUGCAAAUGAAUCCACCGAGAAGAGGCCCUGAUGUAGAGCUGGCCACGCUCCGCCAACUGCCUAUUAGACAUUCCACAAAUAUAUUAUAUAAUCAGGGAGUGUAUUGUCCAUCGCAUUCCGAACUAGCUGGGUUACCUCACAUACGUAGAGAACAAAUAACGCUGACAAAGUUUCUCGGGUCCGGGGCGUUUGGAGAAGUGUUCGAAGGCGUUGCCAGGCAAAUCAAUGAUAACACGUCCGACACUAAAGUUGCUGUUAAGACUUUACGUAAAGGGGCGACAGAACAGGAAAAAACGGAGUUCUUAAAAGAGGCAGCGUUGAUGUCCAACUUCAAACAUGAACACAUAUUGCGUUUACUGGGCGUGUGCUUGGACAACGAUCCAAACUACAUCAUUAUGGAAUUAAUGGAGGGUGGAGAUCUACUCAGCUAUUUAAGAGCAAAGCGCGCCUCGCUCUAUACGCCGGAGUCACUGACGCUACUGGACCUGGUGAACAUGUGCAUGGAUGUUACGAAAGGCUGUCGGUACCUGGAGGAGAUGCACUUUGUACACCGAGACCUCGCGUGCCGCAAUUGCCUCGUAGCGAACCGCGCCGCCGGUCGGGUCGUCAAGAUAGGUGACUUCGGACUCGCCCGCGAUAUUUACAAGAACGACUACUACAGAAAAGAAGGGGAAGGGUUGCUGCCUGUUAGAUGGAUGGCAGUGGAGUGUUUAGUGGACGGCGUAUUUUCGUGCCAAUCUGAUGUGUGGGCAUGGGCUGUAUUGUGUUGGGAGGUUUUAUCAUUAGGGCAACAACCAUAUCCAGCGCGCACUAACAGACAAGUUUUGGCGUACGUACGCGCGGGAGGAACGCCUGAUAGACCGCCUAAUUGUCCUUCCGUCUUUUACGAGUUACUACAGAAGUGUUGGAGUUAUAACGCGGAGGGGCGACCGUCGUUCCGUACCUGCCUGGAGGUAGUAACAGCUCUGCGUGACAAGACGUCGCCCAACAUUACGCUAACGGCUACCCCUACGCCCGCGCCACAUUAUCUCACGUUACUGCCCGACGCAUGUUCAGACGCUGUUGACAACCGUACGUACCUGCUGGACGAGAACGACAACGCCUUAGACGAAGAUUAUCCCGAGCAUCAGAUGGAGCCAUCACGGUUACUACCCGAGCGAGCGCCAAAAUACCUCGAGUUGAUGUACGAAGGCGACAGUGGUGAAAGCACGGGAUGGGCGGGGCUUGUUGCGGGCGACGGGUACGAGGUGCCGCUGCCAGCGUCGUGCCGGCAUAGUAUCGUGGGGGUGUCGCAGACGCGGGUCGCGCGGCCGCCGGCGCGGCUGUCUCGCUCGCAGUCGCUGCGCGGGGCGCGGCCAGCGCGGUCGGCGCGGUCGGCGCGGUCGGCGCGGCCCCCCAACGCCACCAUCAUGCCGCUCCGGCGCGGGGUCACCGCGCGCACGUCCCUAGGUGACCCGCACGCGACCCCGGCGCGACCGCACGUGCCCUUCCACGACCACGUUUUCAAGACUACUUUCUGAACUGUGAUAUUAAUGCGCGGCCACGCACAACUCGUGAUCGACUAGGCCUGUGGCGGCGACGUAUCGCGUUGGCGUAUUUCGGAAGUUGUAAACAGUACAAUAAAAUAAAGAAGUAUCAUUCCUUCGAAAAAAAAAAAAACAAUUUCAACAGCAGUCCGAGAUUUUCGCUGAACUCUUACACGAUAGCAUGUUUGUUUUUUGAUGUGCUUUCAGCAAAUAGUAUUCCGUAUUCAGAACAAAAAAUCUUCUAAUGCAUAAAGGUAAUUAAACUUGGACGCCUUAGUUGAAUGAAAUGAUUUUGGUAAAUGACAUCGUCAGCAUCUCCUUAGUAGCUAGUUGUCCAGGCUCGUCACUAUGAACAUUAACGACGUUAUCAUACGUUUAAUAUUUACCCUGUAAUGUACCAGAACCCAGUCACACUAGCCCACCGCCUUUAUCGCUGUAGCAUUUGCUUUGGCGGUCUCUUGCAAUUUAAUUUACGCACGUCGUCGCCGCCGCCUCAGGCUCGCAUUGUGGCCAUGCACUUAGACUUUCUAGUGUAUCCAUUCCACCGAGACUAGGACUUGUUGUAAUAUAGUCUUAUUUAUUUAUUUUUAACUGAUUGUAAAUAAUAAUAUGAAUCCGUUGUAUAUAUUAGUUUAAGACGAGUGCCUACUAUGUAAGACAAUUUUAUUUUACCGUCAUAUGAUGUACUAUAUAGUAAUUACUCUUACUGUAUUUUCCUAAAUAAAUAUAAUUGAGACUUGUAUAGAAAAUUAAAUAA